GCCGCGGCGGCGGGGGGUCACCAUGGGCAGUAAGAUGGCGGCCGCCACUAGGGUCGUUCAGGUAGUCAAGCCGCAUACUCCGUUAAUUAAGUUCCCGGACAGAAAAAGUAGUCCCAGACCUAAAAUACAGGAAUCUCUACAAGCAAGCAUGCCGUCGCUCCAUGCUUCAAAAGCACAGGAGUCUGUAGGAGGAAGAUCACCAGCAUUUCAAAAUACUUCACCUGUUAAAAGAGUACAAGGUACACCAGACACUUCUGAAUUAGCAAGAACCUUACCUCAGAAAUACAGGAGGAAACUUAUGUCAGAUGAAGAGAUUGAAUAUAUUCAACGUGGAGGUCCAGAAUAAGUAUGGAUGAUAGUUCGUUGGCCACUGUUGAAGAAUGAAGUAUUGUGUUCACAAUAAAGCCCUUUCCUUAAUGUUAUAAAUGAUUGUAUAUUGAUAGCUGUAAUAAAAACCCAUGUGAAGGGUGAGAAGGUUCACACAACACACUAUAUAUUAAUUUGUGAUCGAGAAGGAUUUUCUGUUGAUGGCUAACUAGCGAUUGAAUAUCCUUGAUGCCCACCCCAUUAAAAUAUUUUUCUAAUUAGCCAUUUGCGAACU